GCGGCUAUACAGCUGGUUGAUAGAGCGUAACCGGACUUUACAUACAGUGUAAUAAACACAGUGUAGCUUGUGUCACAGAUCAGGUCUACCCGUAUAGAACAUUGAUUUUUGAACAACCUGCUUCAGCCGACAGUGACCGAUAAUAUUCUACAUAGGUCAGCAACACCUGACCAGAGAAUGUGAAGAACAUAAACCAACAAGGGAAGCAGACCAGUAUGGCGCCCGAGUCUAACACCCCUGAUACAGACUUCUAUCCUGUAGAGGCUCGCGUUAUAGUGGCGUUCAGUGUGUGGCAGUUUGUCAUUGUAGUGUUAACCCUGGGAGUUGGUAUUGUCGCUAUAGGACGGCUAGUGCGGGUCGGAUGUAAGAACUGUACAACCAUCAUCGUCUAUCUACUGUGUGGUUUACUUCAUGAACUGUACGCGAUAUAUAUACUACAGACAGCGAAACAAAGAACAGAUGAUGUAACCGUCAGAAACGAAGGUUGUGCAGACUUUUAUUUUGUUUGUUUGGUUGCCAUUGUUAUUUCAUUGCUGGUGGUCGGUCUCUCGACAGUCAGGAAAACAUUCGCCCCGAAAAAGGCUAAACUAAUUCGUAAUAUAGCACUAGUAUACACCGCCAUUGUCGUGCCGUUAGCUAUCAAAUUCAAAUCGUUAGGCUCUUCAGACAGUAAAGAACACCUUCCUACACUACAGUUGAAGAGUGAAUUCCUUUACGUUACUGUGUGUGAACGCGAUCCUUACUCGGACGGCCUCUCCACCUUGUUAGAAUAUGGCGCCAUCUACUUCCCGUUUUCGGGCCUGUACUUGAUACUGUAUUACUCCCAAAGGGCAAGGUCAAGUGAUAAAGAAAUGAAGUUUUCUGAAUUGCAAUGUCUGCCGGCCUGUCAGGAAGGCGAUUUGCCAUACCUAUGCCGCACGUGCACCCGCGUGAACCCUGUUUUAGCUGUGACUCUUAUCUAUUAUAUAUUCGCCAUACUAAUGGCACGUCCGUUCUACAUUGGUUGUAGUAUGGUGCUGGGGACAACGUACAAGGAUCUCCUCCCUAACAUAACUAUUACGGCUCUCUACGUGUUUGUUUCACUGUAUUGUACGUUUGAUAUUUAUCUAUUCCCGAAAAAGUCCACGCCUGUAAAGUCAGACAGUGUUACCGAGAUCCUUAUUGAGACGGACGGCACGCACAGCAGUUAUAAACCACUGAGUACGAAGACACCUCGCCAGUAAAUUGACGAAUAGACAACAAAUAUACAGAUGUAAAAAUUACAUGGACGUAUACACUACAGUCAAAUAAUCUACAAAUAAAAUUUGUCUGAGUACGUAUUCAGGCUACAUCUUUGCAAUUGAAGAUGUUAAUUCGAAUAUAUAUAUAUGCCAUGACAAAAUCGCUGUGACCCAUUUUGAGUAUUAUUCGAGAUGGCUAUGCUGGAAUUUGUGAAGGAAUAUUGCAUUAUGACAAAGGGAUCUCCAAACAGCACCAAUUCGAUAAUAAACGGCUCAUUUUCUGGACAUCAUGGUCAUCUGAUGCAUCGUAUCAGCCAAGCGAGAGGCCCUGUCUAAAAUCAGGCCUAUGGCAAGCCCCAACAGUAUAGAGAAUGAAUACAACACCAAUAAUAAAUAAUCUAAAUACUGUAUCCUAAAUACUGUACCAACGAUACUGUAUCCUAAAUACCGUAUCAACGAUAAUGUUCAUUCUGUUGUAAAUACUGUACGUAUCCCGCCUAUGAAUACUGCCCAUAUUGACUCUUUAUAGCAAGCGUAUCGAUUGAAAUUGCAGAGGCAGUGUUGUUUAUUUUAUAUAUAACUUGGGUAAAAUGCUCUUCAUAUAAUCUUUUCUUGAGGACAUUAUGUGAAAAUCUAUUUUGAUAUAUAUUUUAUGAUACUCUUUUGUACUGCAUAUGUAUGUUGAAGUUGUAUAAUUGUUUCCAUGACCAGAAUACACCAUAUAACGUUUUUAGGAGUCUGCUUGAAAUUGCGCUGUUUUAAAGUCAUUUUUGAGACCAUUAAAAAUGUACUGUUCAUUGGACUUUUAGGAAAUGUUUGACUAUAAGUAUGUUGAGUUUGAAGGGAAAGGAUGAUUUAUGAAAGAGCAAUGUAUUCAUGUAGAGAAACCUUUGCUAUAAAUUACCUGUCUGCCUUGUAGAGUUCCCCAACACAGACCCGGAGUUUUGUGUUUUGUAACACAAUAUCGUAGACUACGUUAGGGACAGUUUCACUGACACAUAAACAAUAGCAGUGUUUUAAAUCGCUGUACUAAGAAUUGAUCUAUGUAUGCUUGUUUCCACCGUAUUGUUUAAGGCUUAAAACUGAUAUACAGUGUAUAAUAAACUGCGAACAUUUUUUUGGUUAAUAUCAAUCGACCUAUAUUUUCUAAUAGAUAAAGGUUGUAUGUUUAUACAAUGUACAAUGUACGUUUUGGUAUUUACAUUGUAAUUUGAAAAUAAAUCAAUCUUCAUGUUUAUAGCCUUUUAUGGGAGAAGUGUUUAAUGCAUAACAAUUUUGAUUUCGAAUUUAAUACUUUUAGUAACAAGUUGAAAAUGCAAUUCAUACAUGAUUUGAAACAGCAAUUGAUACGUUGCAAAUCCACUUGAAGGUACCUCCAUCUGGGGGCUCUCGGAUAAUUGUCCGAAAUUGAUAAAACUUGUCCGUGAAAGGUUACAAAUGCAGUAAUUCCCGGGAAAAGAUUCAAAGAGUAGCUUUCAAUUUCGUCGGUGUUCAAUUUGCAAUUACCGCAUGGCCAUUUGGCUAUAGUGGUUUUCUUACCGCAAUCCACGCUAUAUAAUAUAGGUGCUUUUAAUGAGCCAUUUUACGUGUAGGUUAAUUUCUUUAUAGGCAAAUUUUUGCGAUACAAAUUCUGAUUGCUUGUAGGGAAAGCGAAACUCAUUGAAUUCAAAUGUAAAACAUGCGUUUAAUUUAAACAAAAUAUGAAUCCCCUAUAGUAUUAACAAAAUUCUAAAAAAGAGAGAGAGAAAACUCCAGCUUAAUCUUAAUUUACAUACAACGUCUUGUAAAAACAUUAAUCGGGGUAUAUACAUCUCUGAUACUGACAUUGAAAAGGUCCACACACAUUUUUGCAAAAGAUGUAAAAAAAUCAACCUCAAAUGCGAUGGUGUAUUGUGAACUAGGUCGUUCUCCACUACAAUAUUACAGGAAACUAAGGAUAAUUAAGUACUGGUUUAAGUUAAUUACUACACGAAAUUGUAUUUUAAAUCGUGCAUAUGGAUUUUUAAGAAAUUGUUAUACAAGAAAUUGUUUCAAUUGGGUAACUUUUGUUAAAAAUGAACUUUUUUCGCUUGGUUUUGGUUAUGUGUGGGAAAACCAGCAAAUGUAUGCAAGCUAUAUCGACAAUAUUUUGCCAAUUAUUAAGCAGAAAAAUUUUGACCAAGCUCAGCAACAUCUACAUAAUGUCAUAUAUAUAAACAUCUUAUGGACAUUGUAACAUUACCUUUUUAUCUUACCAAAUAUAUUCCUAAAAUAUUUAGAAUUUGUCUUACUAAGAUACGUCUAUCUGCACAUUGUUUAGCCAUUGAAGCUGGUAUAUAUAAUAAUACUCCAAGAUUAAGACGAUUUUGUAAUAUGUGUAAUAAUUGACAACAAAUUGAAGAUGAAUAUCAUUUUAUUCUUGAAUGUAAUAGUUAUAAAAAUUUAAGGAAAAAGUACAUCAAGCGUUAUUACUGGAAUAACCCAUCUGUUUUUAAAUUAAUCCAGCUAUUCAGAGUACAAAAUGUAAAGGAACUGUGUUGUCUAGGAAAAUAUAUACAUGAAGCUAGUAAAUUAAGAAAUAAUUACUAAACCAAUCAUUGAUGUUAUGAUGUCUCAUUCUCUAUAUGUUAUGUACUGUUGUAUACGCCAUGCUGUAAUUUAUGUAUUUCAUGUACAAUGUUUUCUUGUGACUGAUAGGCCGUACGGCCGAAAGUAAUAAAAGAAUUGAAUUGAUACGCGUCAACUCACAAACAAUUAUCGGCGCGUGCCGAUUAGAACGGAUGAACGCACAUACACCUGUGGUGCUGUAACAGGGGUGAUGAGCUUGUGGACCGUAACUUCACACCUUGUAAUUGUUUGUUGGUAUACUAAUUAAAUAUAGCCCACUCGCAGUCGAGCACACGUAAUUGUCCGAGUAUGGUUGCAAACAUAUUUAAGUCCUGUUUGAAGAGAAGACAUGACUUGCGACACACGACUGGGAAGUAAAAUCACAAGGAUGUCAAUCACCUCAUGAUAACUUA